AUGAGAUUUCGCAGAUUACCCAAAAAAUCAGAAAUUAAAAAAGUGUAUUUACCAUCUACUGCUACGGAAUAUUUAGAGCAGGGAUCAAUUGAUGAAGAGUCUGGUGAAAGAUGGUUGGGUUCGGAUGUGAGCAAAUGUUUGAGGUUUUUUAAUAAAGCAUACUCGAACUAUAUCCAAGCCAUAAAGUUAGAUCCCAAGUUAUUGGAUGCCCAUUAUAAUUCCGUGAGAUUGUUGUUGCAUACAUACCAAACUUUCAAGAGAAUACCGUCAGGUCAUGACAUUGCAAUUGAAAAUGCAUCAUUGGAAGUGGUACAAAAUAUAUCAGACAUACGAAUUGCUUACGAGAAUAGUUUGGAACGUGUUCAACAGUUGGGCCAAGUACCGAAUGACUUACUAUAUAACUAUGCGAUUGUUUAUCUCGAGUGGCUAGAGUCGCAGCAAGAAGAACAAGAUGACGAAAGUAGCUUGCUGGUGAGUUUUGAACAGGUAGUAGAGGUAUAUGAUAGAGUACAAGGCAUUUUUCAAAACUUACUAAACAGUCAGAUGGAAGAACUAGAGAGAUUUGUAAAUGAUCUACAAAAUAUUGAUACCAAUAAUUUCAGUGGUGGUGAUAUAUACAUUGGAAAUAGCUCGAGUAGCAGUGAUAAAACAAAACAGGAAGAGCUUACAAGUGAGGAAGUUGUCCAGCCAACAGACUUGUUUGAAACUGUAUUGUCGUCAUACAAGUUGAUUCAAUCAGUUUAUGAGAAUGCUUCGUCAAAUGAUUUGAUACAGACAGUUAGUCAAUCAGUUGCCCCUUUGUUACAGAUAAAUGAUAAUGUGGCCAAUGAGUUGAUCAUAAAGUACAGCGAAUCUUCACAUGUCAACAGCAUGAUAAGCAAUAUAACGUUGAAGGAUGUAAAUGAGUUGAAGUUGGUUAAAUUGAAUCUUCUAGCAUUGGCAGAGACGGAUAUAUUUAGACUGUUGGAUAUAUGGAAAAAUGAUAAUGAAAUACCUGAAACAUUACCAGAAAAGUUCAUGGUGGCAUCUGAUAGUGUACAAGCAUUAUUGGAUAGAAACGACAUAAAUUUAUUGACGGUAAAUUCCCAAGGUACAGAAUCUGAUAAAGAUACAUUCUGGAAGAUUCUCACUUUUCAGAAUAACAUGUUGAAAAGAGCCCAAGAGUUGUUGAAUGAGCUGAUGCAAUUACAAAAAAAGAGUAACUUGCAACUGGAAGAUUUGGGUAGUUUAAUAGUUCAAGUGAGUGAAGUCAUUAUUGCUAGAGCUGAUAUAGAGUUGCAAAGAAGUCUGAUCAACAACUAUUCUUCGUCAGUGAAUAAUCAUCUGGUAUUAAUGACCAACUGCAAAAAUUUAUUGAAGAAUGCUAUUAACAUUGCCAACUUAAAUGGUGGAUUGAGGGAGAGAAUGAUGGUAAAAAUAAAUCGCGAGCAAUGCAAAUUAGAAGCUGUCUUCAGAUUAUGCAUCUUGGAAAAUAGGACCAGUAUUGAAGAGCUAGAUAAAGUCAUGACGAGAAACAAAUGGGUCAAUGAAUUGCCAAAUUUGAAAAAACUGGGACUUUACGAUGACUUUGGAUUAAAUAAGAUAAUUGUACCUUGA